UCCAAAUCAGAAUACCUCUGACCAGUAUGUGUGUGAGAGAGAGAGGAACAAUACAUCUAUCUAUGUUGCACAUAUAUCAUUAUAUGCUCCUUAAAUAAAGUCAAUACGUUGGGUCUUGUAGCAGAACCUGAAGUUACAAGUGAAGACAGCAACAAUAAGAAAGAGAAAGAGAAGAAGGAGGGUUUAAAAGAGGUUAUUGUCAGAAUGCUGCUUUUGCUUCUUAUAACCCAUGUUUCCGUUUCACUUGCUGUACAGUGUGACCUCACCAAAGUGGGCAUUAUUGGAGGCAACUACACUGUGAGCAAUGGAGGAAAUGUUGGCAGCAAGGUAGAGUACCAGUGCCCAAAAGGAAAAUACCCACACCCGAAAUACACCCGUGAGUGCCUGUACAAUGGACUCUGGACGGAUCAUAAGAUGAAAGCAAUCUGUAAAGAUGUUCGCUGUCCCAAACCAGUUGCAUUCGACGGUGGGGAUUAUGAACCAAGACAACAUUUUUAUACUGUGGGAAACACGUUGCAGUUUGAAUGCUAUACGGGCUUUGAAUUAAAGGGGUCACAGAACCGCACUUGUCAGGAAAAUGCUAAAUGGAGUGGAGAGACUACUAUUUGUGACGACAACAAUGGCUAUUGUCCUAACCCAGGGAUUCCUAUUGGGGCCAGUAAAUCAGGAACUUCUUACAAGAUGGAGAGCAAAGUGUCUUACACCUGCCAGCAAGGUCUGGUCAUGUUUGGAUCGAAGGAAAGGGAGUGUUUAGAAAACAAGGAUUGGUCAGGAACUGAACCUUCAUGCAGGCAGUGGUAUACGUAUGACACUCCCAGGGAGGUGGCCAAAGGUUUCUCUUCCUCGAUGCUAGAAAAUGUGGAUACCACAAAUCUGGAAGGUAGAAGUGAUCGAAAAGUGCAGAUAUUAAAGGAUGGCUUAAUGAACAUCUUCAUUGUCCUGGAUACUUCUAAAAGUGUUGGGAAAGAUAAAUUUAAUGAGGCCAAAGAAGCCAGUAUACUCUUCAUUGAAAAGGUGUCCAGCUAUGAUAUAAAGCCUCAGUACUGCAUCAUCUCCUAUGCUUCAGAAGCAAUCCCAGUGGUUUCUCUCCGAGAUCAAGACAGUAAAAAUGCAGAUGCUGUGAUAGAACAUCUGGAGAAUUUUGUGUAUGAUAGUCAUGCAGAUAAGCAGGGAACCAACACACGCGCUGCUCUGCACUCCAUUUAUCAGCAGUUAAUAGAACAGGAGCUGGUAUACAAGAACAACAACAAUAAAGAAAGUUUUAUGAAGAUCCACAAUGUCAUUUUACUCAUGACAGAUGGAAAGUUUAAUAUGGGAGGUGACCCUCGAGAGGAAAUGAAAGUGAUCAGACGGUUCUUGAACGUUGGAACAAGCAAGGACGACCUACGAGAAGAAUAUUUGGAUGUUUAUGUAUUUGGGCUGGGUUCAGACAUUGAUCAACCUGAGAUCAAUGACCUUGCUUCAAAGAAAGAUAAAGAGGUUCACACCUUCCACCUGGAGAACGUGGAUAAAAUGAAAGAAUUUUUCGAACUGAUGAUAGAUGAAUCAGAUGUAAUGGAUACCUGUGGGCUGUCAAAAUAUCAUUCAGUGGAUCCAGAUGAGAGAACAAGAGCAUCUGAGAUGUUUCCCUGGAUUGCUAAAAUCACUAUUUCUGGCAGCAGUGUGCAAUACUGUAAAGGAACCAUCCUGUCUCCAUAUUUCAUCUUGACAGCUGCUCACUGUUUUCAUCUGGAUGAUAAAAAUCAAAAAAUACAAGUUAUUGUUGAUGGAAAGGAGUACCCUGUAAAACAACCCUACAGGCAUCCUAAAUAUAACCCAAUAUCCAAGGUAGACAAAAACAUUAAGAGAGCAUUUGAUUAUGAUGUUGAACUACUUGAACUGCAGAAGAAGAUUGAAUUCUCCGUCACUGCCAGGCCUAUAUGUAUUCCAUGUACUCAGAGCACAGCACAGGUACUGAAGGUGCCAGGAGCACCCUGCAGCAGUCAUGAAAAAGCUUUAUUGUCUGAAGAGGAGGUCAAAGCUAUCUUCAUAGCAGAGGAAUCAAAAAACCCAUUGGAACAGAAGAAUGUGAUAAUAAAGAGAGGCAGUAAGAGAACUGCUUGCCUAGAAGCUGCUAAAAAAGCACCGGAACUGAAGAAUGUGACAGAUAUUGAGGAUGCUGUUACAGAGCAGUUUCUCUGUACUGGGGGAAUUGAACCAGUGGUGGACCCACCAGUGUGUAAAGGGGAUUCAGGAGGUCCACUAAUCAUCCCAGUUAGAAGGAGAUAUGUUCAGGUUGGCAUUAUAAGUUGGGGAACUGUGGAUCACUGUGAAAAUGGUAAAAGAGUAAAACAAACUCAUAAGAAUGCUCGAGACUUUUACCAGGAUAUUUUCAAAGUCUUGCCUUGGAUUAAGAAAGUUUUGGAGGAAAGUAAAGAAUCUCUCACUUUCCUUCCCAACUAAAUGAAACAAAUGGUAACCUUUUGGGUACAGCAGGUGGCACUGCCAAACAAAGAACUACAAUGACUUGCUCCCAUACCCUGCAAUUUGCUUUGCAGCUAUUUGCAUUUUCCAAAAUUAGUUAUAAGUUUGGGAACUCACACAGCAUGAGUAAAGUUUUUUUCUACUAUUACUAAAGGCCUGUUACGCUCAUCCAUGUUCCUGCAGAAAUAUGCUAAGUAUAGGGAAUACAUACACUGUCAGUUUAUGGUAUGACUCUGCAUGGGCUAUGGAAAAACAUUAAGGUUUGUUAGUUCUAAUGCCAAGCCUGGAGUCAGAAGGCUAAGGUAGGUGAUAGGAAAGAUUGUAAGCAGACAGCACAAUAUGACGCAAUUGCUAGCACAGUGGGUAUUCACAUCAAGUUAAUGGGCAAUUUCAGUGCUUCUUGUUUUUAAAGGAGAACUAAAGCCUAAAUUGAACAUGGCUAAAAAUCUCAAAUUUUAUAUACUUACUGCACCAGCCUAAAGUUUCAGCAUUUUAAUAGCAGCAAUAAUCUAGGACAUCAAACUAGUCACAGGGGGUCACCAUCUUGAAAAGUGUCUGUGACACUCACAUCACUCUGAGAAGCUGUUGGGAAGCUAAGUUUAGGGGUUAUCUGGAAAUUAUCAAGCAGAAAUUAAGGUUCACCUGUCAUAUAAUUUGAUGUUACUGGUCCGAUUAUUACAUUCUGAUGCUAAUUGCACUGCUUUCUGAGCUGCCAUGUAGCAAUGAUCUGUAUUAAUUGUCAGCCUUGUAAUAUUUAUAUUUCUGCCUCACUUCUUAGUUAGACUUUAGGUCUCCUUUAAGUUGCCCAAAAUUGCCCCUGUGCCAUUGCUGUAUUAUACAGACACUGAUGAGACAAUAUGUAAUUUAAUCCAAUUAUUUUCAUAUUGUGGUUCCUAAAUUAUUUUUCUAUAUAAUCUGCCUGUCUAUAACUGUCAGCAAUUACUAGCAACCAAGUUACAUUUUGAUUUUACAUUUCUGUUGUUAUGACUUAUGUUUCUAUUUAGGCCUUUUCCUCUUCCUCUUCCAGUCUGCAGUUCAAUUCACCACUUAGUUGCAAGGGGGAGUGGCAAACUGCCAAUCAGAUAAAAGACUGAACUGCAAAAUGGCAUGGCUCAAAGCAAAAUCAUAGAUAAACGACACAAAGAAUUAGAAUGUCACUGUCUACACCAUGUAAUAAAAGGUGCAAAGUUUGAUACAGGUCUAGUCACCUAUAGCAACCAAUCAGCAGGUAGUAUUUACUUAUCACCUGUUUUAAAACAUCUUAUUGGUUGCUACGAGUUUCUGCACUUGGGCAAAAUUACUGUUCAUACAGGGGAGUGGUGUUUUAAGGUCAAUAACAGUAACUGUAAUUUUGCAGAAAAACUAAGUGUUUCUCCAAUUAUUCAUGCUGCUGUGAAUAUCAGUGCUUGUACCCAUCAUGCUUGCUGACUUAUCCACCACCUAAUUCAGAAACUUUCCACUGAUAAUAAACUUUCGUUAUCUGUACAAUUUCAA